AUGGGGAGCAUUGGGGCGGUACUGGCGGAGAGCUCAGGCCUUGUGGUGGCCUUCGACACAACCGCGAGCAGCGGCGUUGUGUGCGUGCUGGCCUUCGACUGCCCGCCCGGCGGCUGGCUCGCACCUCCCGCCGUCGCGUUUGCAGGAGGCAUCGAAAAGGAGGUGUGGGUGGACUGCUACUCCGACCCCCUGGGCUGGGACGACGACUGCGCGGCCGCCGCAACCAAGCACAAGGGGCCAUCAACCUACCUCGCCAGGGAUCCCGACAGCAUCACCGCCGCGGUGCGCCAGGCCAAGAAGGACGUGAAUGAUAGUGACGCGUGGCUGGUGGUGAUCGACUCGGUGUCGAGCAUGCUGCUGCGCUUCGGCACGGCCCGCGCGUUCCAGCUGUUGGGCGAGCUGCGCGCCAUCUUCGGUGUCGAUAACCACCCGGCCGAACGCUCGAGCUCGAGCUCAGGCGCGAGCAGCACCAUGCUCGCACUGGCGCACGCGGACGUGCACGACGCAUGGACUGUGGGCUGUCUGGAGCAGAUGGCCACGACGGUCCUGCGAUUCCAGCCGGUCGAUCCGCCCGGCUCCGAGCAGCAGCGCGAGUGCGAGAUCCUCAACAAGCGACCAUCGGGCCGGAUCACGCUCGAAACCCAGCUGUUCACGGUCGAUGAGGCGGGCGAGGUGAGCCUCACCAAGGUGGUCAAGGCCAAGAAGACGGCCACCACCACCACCGCCACCACCGCCAUCACCGGAGGGAGUCAGCAGCCAGUGACUACCGCUGCCGUAGCACAAACCGCCGCCGAAAAGUCGCCCAUCGACCCGGCGGCCGGGCUCACAUUUUCGCUGACGCGCACGGAGCAGCAGGAGCAGGACCGCCAGGCCUUGAUCCUGCCCCACGACCAGCGAGCUGCUGGCGCUGUGCAGAUCAAUCUCGACGACUUCGCUGACGACGACGACGAUGACGAAGGUGACGAUGACGACCCCGACGGCGAUCUCGACACUUGA